AUGGAUAGCAUCGACUACCAGGCAAAGAUGUCCGAACUCGAAGCUCAGUUGAGUAUUUCUCAUGACAAGGUACGGUAACCGUUUGAAAUUGAUAGCUGAAUGUCUUUUUUAGCUUCUGAUGCGUGAAAACGUCAUUUCACAACUUGAAGAGGAGAUAAAAGGCAAGGAACGACUGAUUUUCGAGCAGAAUCACCUUAUCGACAUUCUCGAGAACGAAUCGGCAUCGCAGACGCAAUUACAGGCGAUUCGAUGCGAUAAUAACAACAAAUAUGAUACGGUUAGAUGUUUUUUUCGAUCUUUGGUUAUUUUUUUCCUAGCCCGGAAUUCACGGCCAUCCGGGCCCUGUGGGCCCUGAGCUUGACAACUAUGGUUAGAUUACAUCUCACUUUUAAGGUCAAAGUUUGGUAAAACAAAGAAUUCUAUCAAAUCACCUUAAAAUUUAGCAAAUUAAGAUUCCCAAGUGUCAGUUUCCAGGAUUCGAUCACAAGCGAAAGCGAAAUCACAGUAAUCGAGCGAGAAAUAGUCGCUUCGAGCAGUUCGACGUCCCCAUGCUCAUCCGAGAAAAGCGGCAGUAGCAGUGGCGGCGGAAUCAUCACGUCUUCAUCUUUGUUCCACACCCACGACGACUGCCAUCGUGACCGCUUCCGUUCUGCUUCUAACAAAUCGCCAUGUAAAUGCGAGACGCGACUCGAGCAGGCGAUGGUGGAUCGCGAGCGGCUCGAGCUCCAAAAUGAGCAGCUCUUGAAGCAGUGGGAAGAGGCGUUGGAGUAUGUGUCGAGUGUAAGCGUAUCUGAAGAGAAGCGAAGGUCUAUUUCUCAUUUUAUUUCAGGUUCAACGCCAACUGCAAGAGGAAUUGAAGAGAAACGCAGAGUUGAAAAAUGAGAUGAACCAGCGAGCCAAGGAGGAUGUUCUUGAGAUUCCAAGAAAUGUUCUUCAUCUUAUGUCUUUCAUCAUUUUGGUUUUUGGAUACCUUCUCUAUCGUCUUUAA